CGAUUAUGUGCAGAGGCCAUAAAGGAGCAUGGCUCUCUCAACACCGAUGGGAAGAGCAGUGUUUCCUACGGCGUACUCUUUGAUAAGACCGCCAAUACCCUGGAGGCAUUGAACGGAACGUUACGCGCAGCAAAGCGCCAGAAGAAGGUAAUUGCCUUCGACGGCGAGUUGCUGAUGAUGCCUAGAGAUAAAGAUGUACAAGUUGUUCUGUUGGAGGCGUAG